UCAACACAAAGAUGUGGCUUACAAAACUGGAAUACAUUUGAAGCAGGAGCCUGUUCGUCGGAUUCGGUGGUGAGAGAUUAUACUGGUCUAUCUCAUCAGAUUAGAGAAGAUGGAAACCUAGAAUUCAUAUCAGAUUCUGUCCCUUGUUAUCGUGAACAACGAAUGUCCUCCCCGUGUUUGGAAUUUUUCAGCAGUCCUAAUGAUAUAGUGAGAAGAAAAAUACAGUUUAACAGUGGAAGCAUAAAUAUAAAAUCUGGUUAUAAUGAAACCCUUGGAGGAGCAAAUGAACCUCAGGAUAAUGAAUAUAACAGACACAUUGCUCAGUCUAGUCUUAAGGAAUAUCAUAUAAUGCGCCCCAGGGAGAAAUCAUAUUUAUGUAAUGAAUGUGGGAAGAAAUAUUCCACAAAAUUUAAUCUUUCUGUCCAUCAACGAUCGCACACCGGAGAGAAACCUUAUUGCUGUAAUGAGUGUGGAAAAUUGUUUAAUUCGAGGUAUAGUCUUGUUGUACAUGAAAAAACGCACACUGGGGAGAAGCCCCAUAUGUGCAACGAGUGUGAGAAAAGCUUUGCUACUAAAUAUUAUCUUACCGUACAUCAAAGGUUACACAGGGGAGAAAAACCUUUUAGGUGUGACGAAUGUGGGAAACUUUUCUCUAAGAAAUCAAAUCUUGUUGUGCACAAGAAAUCCCACUCAGGGGAAAAACCUUAUAGUUGCAAUAAAUGUGGUAAACACUUUGCGCAUAAGCGAUACCUUAUUAUACACGAAAAAGGACACACUGGAGAGAAACCUCACGGUUGUAAUGAAUGUCAUAAACGUUUCACUUAUAAAUCUAGUCUUCUUGGUCAUCAAAAAACGCAUGCGGCGGUGAAUCCGUAUAUGUGCAAUGAUUGCGGAAGACACUUUCCCAAAAAAUCGAAUCUGGAUGUCCAUAGGAGAACUCACACCGGGGAGAAACCAUAUAGUUGUGGUGAAUGUGGGAUUCAAUUUUCAUAUAAAUGUCAAGUCACAAGACAUCAGAGAUCCCACAGCCAGGAACACAUUUUAUAAGAUUAAAUAUGCUGUCAAACUAAA